AUGGAUGACGUAUUACAGACAGAAUGGAAAUUCUUGAAGAAAUCACUGCUUCUAUGUCUCUUUGCCGGCAUCAGCGAGGCUCAGUGCUUUGGCUGUAGUUACUGCUGUGAAGGAAAUCCUCCUUAUUGCUGCUCAUACUUUGACUAUAUGGGUGAUAUAAAGUCGGGUACAACGAUCUCAGGGAUGGUGUUUGGAAUACUCUUUGUGGUAAUAAUUGUGGGACUUAUUUUUAUUUGCCUUUGCAUGUGCUUGAAGAGCACACGUGAAGCGCAAGUGGGCACCUUCAACACUUUGUACAUCAACAGGGUAACUGGGGGCUUUUCAGCGGAACCACCUCCUUACAACCAUGACCCUGAAAUGCCUCCCUCAGAUAUUCAACCUCCUCCAUAUACCCAAUUGCCCUCCAGCACAGCCAACCGCUCGCCACCUCCACCAUACCCCACCACCGUCAUAACCUCUAAUCAGAAAUAAACUUUCAUCAUGCUUUGGCGCCAGAAGUUGGUUGGAAAGCCCUAUUUAGGGUUUUCAGGGCUGAACGUGCAAAAGUAUCAAAAGUUACCUCUGGUACAUCGUGAAGAAGAAAAAAUAAUCUGAACUCUGCAUUUUGUACGUUCAAAUGACUUGGUUAUAUUAAAGAGGAUGUGAAUCAUUCCCAGGGUUUGAACACACUUUAUUGACUUUAUUGUUUUGUCUGAAAAUUGGAAUAAAUAUGCCGGCGCUGGUCUUAAGAACA